UAAAAGCGGGAGUAACCCUCCAGUUUCAAAGUGCGUCCGAGCAGAACGCAACUCGGGCUUUUUUAUCUCUCUCUCUCUCUCUCUCUCUUUCUCUCUCUCUCUUUCUCUUUUUCUCUCUCUCUCUCUCUCUCACUCUCUCUUUUUCUCUCUUCACAAUGUCAGCUGGCCCAGUCGUUUGUUAGUUUUUUUAUGUUUCGUCGACUGGAACGUCGCACGAUAUAACUCUCAUCAGACAUAUUGGUUAUUACCAUAAGAAUUUUUCUUCUGCGUUGUCCCCGCUUUCUCUCUUUCUCUUCCUCUUUCUUCUUUCCUUCUUGAUAAUGGACUACAUCCGACGAUUUUUCUAUAGAAUUAACAUAUUUUUAUACAUACUGAGGCAAAAUGAAAGAAAUACUAUUCUUAUAUAUAUUUCUAUGUAAAAAAAAUGUAGUAAUGAUCUCGUAUUUGAUUGGACAAAUAAGUUCAAUAAUAAAAAUAAAACAAAGGAGUGUACGAAUAAUGCUCCAGGAACAUUGGAAGAAAAUAAGAUGCUAUUUAAGAUAAUGUUCGACUGGUCGGAACUUAUUAUUAUAUGAAUGUAAACCUGUGUGUGAGCAGGCCCUUUAAAAGUACAAUAAAAGCCUCGUAGUAUAAAAAAUUAUCAAUGUUUCAACCAUGAAAUUAUUACGAGGACAAAGUCAACAUGCAGAAAGUAAAAAGAGAUAAAGUAAGGGUUAUUUGAGAGAUAUCCGUAGAAGAACGCCGGGUUAUUAUAACCGACCGAAUGACUUACGGUUGUGUGUAUGCCAGUGACGUGUAGUCAUCGUUCAAUGGUUGAUGGCGAUAGCCCUUUGCUUGGACCCUAUACUUAGUGGAUAAUCGACUCAAUAUACUGCACUUAUUAGCGUUAUAAUAAGGUUUAUGUUGAAUCCAAAGAAUUUUCAAGGCUCCUUCUUUCGCUUCAUGGAGAAUCAAGGCUUCGAAGGAGAGCAAUGUCGCAAUAACGGAAGCAGUUAUUUUAUUCACACAAAUUCCGCGAUACAUCCUGACGUUCACGUUUACGAGGACAUCGGUCCAAGUCGUGAAGAAUUCUGUAGAAUUUCUUCCGGUUUCCUCGAAGAGUCAGCUCGUUCGAAAGUCGAACAGAAUGGUCGUUCAUUUAUAACUUCGAACUUUAAGAACGACGCGACUGAAGGAAUUCGAUCGGAAUCUUCUCAGUCGAUUUAUUUCCAACGAAAUUUAACGUUGCCUUUUCGCCGAGGACUUUUAUCGUCAACUUCGUCUCCUUCGACGAGUUACUCCAUAUGGGAAAAGAGAUGGAAAAGUAGUAAAGAAAAGAAAGAUUGUUCGUUAGAGAGAAAUCUUUUUGAUAAUCCACGUUCACGGGAGGAUAAUGGGAAUAAAAAUAGUGCAUUAUCGAGAUUGCGAGAAGAAGAUCAUGUCAGGGCAAACGAAAAAGGCAGGAGAAAGGACUAUAAACAUUGUAAAAAUAAAGGUAACUCUGUGAAUUCUGAGAGUCAGGAGAAGGUAAAUGCGAAUGAUGAGAAAGGUAAAGAAUCAUCAUGCUCGUGUCUAUCGAACGAAACAAUCCUUUUCCAACACAGUGACAAGUUCCUUCCGCUUUGUCACUCAUUGUGCAAGACUACCGAAGAAUCCACGGAGUUUACGAGACAAAAUUCUUCUUCCAUUGCGAUAUUUUCGAUCUCAGAGAAGGUUCAACAGCAAAAGCAAGAGCAAUAUCAUCAUCGUCAUCAUCACGAGCAGCAGCACUUACCAUCGAGAGCACUCGAAUACCUGCAGUACGAUAGAAACGACGUUGAAACGAAGCUUGCCCACGUGUUGGAAACUAACGAAGAUAAGGCGCUCAUUAUAUCGAAGAGAAGUCAACCAAAUAUGAGAAUAAAUUCGAUUUACACGCAAGAUCAUUGGUAUGCUAAGGAAGCUCCAAUAUUUUUCACGGAUCUUAAGGAAUCAAGUACUUUUCAGAGGGCUUAUUCCCUCCCAGUACGAAUGCAAACUCCUACUUCGCAAAAUCGGGUUAACUUACGAAAAAGCGUCCGUGGCGAACCACCACCGGAUCCAGCAAGACUUCACAAACAUCAUCGCGGAUGGACGUUACAUCUUGCACGACCACUCGAAGGAUCUGGCUGCAAUAGAUCUUUGAUCUUCUUAUUGGUCCUUUUAUUGAUACUUCUCGGAGUAGGCGCUGGUGCUCUUUAUAUCGUCUUCGAACCGCAAAAACUACAAAUUAUUCAACUUUAUCUGAAAUCGUCGAAUGGAAACUCAUCGAUGCAAAACGUCACAUCCGAGGAGUCUUUCAAUCAGGUUUUCUCAAACGAAUCGAAGAACGUGCCGACGAGAACACCAACGACGAGUACCAUUCACAUGGCCGAUGUAUUUUUAAACGUCGACCUGUCGUUCUCCGAUGAUACUCCAUCGCUGAUCACGAAAACGGAAACGGAAGCAUCGAACAUUGUGCAUGCGAAUACUAAUUCAACGAGAUAUUGCGAUGACUGCUUGAGUGGAGAGGUCUGCGUUGGUUUGGUAGAUGAAGAAGUGCCUAUUUGUAGAAUCGGUUUAGAUCCUGAAGAUCCAACAGGAUGUGCUGGUCUGUGUAUUAUCAACAAGCAAAGAUGUCAUCGUCUUGACAUCGAUGCUUUUAGAUGCAUAGAGAUAGAGCACUACUGUCUAAACGAUGAGUGGACUUGCGUGAAUACACUUUGUAUUCCUAUGGAAAAACGUUGCGACGGUCAUAUGAACUGUUACGAUCACUCUGAUGAGUACAAUUGCGAUUGCAAUUCAGAGACGCAUUUUCAGUGCGGCAACGAUACUUCUUGCCUACCAUUGGAAAGGAGAUGCGAUGGUAGAAUAGAUUGUUGGGAUGCUAGCGAUGAAAUUAAUUGCACCUUAGGUCAUAAUUUUGGUCGGUCUUGCCCAUUGGAAAGCGAAUUUACGUGCAGUAACGGGCAAUGUAUAUUAAGGGCUCGAUUUUGCGAUGGAUUGGUCGAUUGUGCCGAUGGAUCGGACGAGCCACAUGGAUGCGAGGGUCGAUGCAAUAAGCAUGAAUUCACAUGCCAAAAUAAUAGAUGCAUUGCAAAAGGUGCAAAAUGUAAUGGAAUUGAUGAUUGCGGAGACUAUAGUGAUGAAAGACAUUGCAAAGAUCAUGUUAUGUAGCAUUUAUAAAUUAUGAAAAAAUUUACAAUGAGCAAGAAAAAGUUAUGAUACAUAUACAGUAUUUUAUAUACAAAUAAUUAUAUAUGUAUGUAACGUGUAUAUAUAUACACACACACACACGUCUUGUAUAGAUAGUAUAAUAAUCAUGAACGGAUAAUGAAUAUUAUUAAAUAAAAGAGUACUAAUUACUUCACAA